GUGUGUAUUAUCAGUAAUAGUUUAUUAGUCAUUGUAUAGAGACGUGUAGUGAUGAUAAGAGAGACGGAGAAAUAUGGGAGUGCCCAUGGUUAAGAGAUGUUGCUGCUGCGCCACUCUGCACACUGGGACCUUGAUUAUAGCCUAUCUGUACACGAUAUGGGCAUUACUGGAGCUGACUGGGUACAGUUUGCUAGUUACUCUUGCUCCUAUCGCUCGAGAAGGUACUGUGUCUGCUCAUCGGUACGUCUUGUAUAUCACAGCUGCUACUGUUAGCGGCAUACAUCUUUUAUGCUCUCUUCUUCUCAUUGUAGCAGCUUAUAAGAAAUUGGCGUCUCUAACUCUACCAUGGACCAUAGUGACGGGUAUUCUGACAGCGUUGUUCUUCGUUAUGUGUCUCACAGGCAUCAGUCUGAUCCUUCAGGACUCUGGGGAGACCCUUGAAAUAGAAAUCGUCGUAAUCGCUGUGCACCUUGCGCGAGCUUGCGUUUCAGUAUACAGCAUCAUAGUGGUUCACAGCCGUCACAAAGAGAUCAUGUACGAAGAAGAUGAAGCACGGUUUCAAGGCUCAGCAAGGAUGUACUAUCCUGUCAAAACCUCUGACCAUCCCGUAUAAUAUUUUUUAAUAUAUACUGCUUUUUGUGUGCCGAAUAUAGAUAUUAGAGAAUAUCAGAAAAAUUCCCAAAAUCUAAGGUCGAGAAGUGUGCAUUUGACGCUGUGUCAAAUGCUGCAUGCAUAUCCCUUUCCAACGAAGGCCUGCAAUUCUCAACAAUUUUAUGAAACGUAAAUGUUUAAGUUUAAUAAAAAAAAGUUUUGUUUCGACAUUUCUAAA